AUGCCUCAGUUUUCAUUAAGCGAACAAACCAUCUCCAAUUAUUGUACUGAAACAGGUUUUACAGAACAGGAAAUUAUUUAUGCGUAUACAACGUUCAUGCGUGACUGUCCAAAUGGUCGUUGUUCAAAAUCACAAUUUAAAUCAUUUAUGCGAAAAUCUCAAUCAAAUCAUGUGUAUAAGAGAACAAAAAAUUUUUUUCAUAUGAUGUUUUCCAUUUAUGAUUUAAAUAAAGAUGGUGAAAUUGAUUUUAAAGAAUAUCUUUAUGCUUUAUCAGCAGUAACAUGUGUCAAUCGUUUAAGAAUGAUUGCAACAUUAUUCGAAUUUUUUGAUACACAUAAACGAGGUUUUAUAACAAAAUGUGAAUUUGAAAAAAAGAAAAAAAUGGCCAAUGAUUUUUUACAUUUACAAUCGAAUGAAGAAGAGAUAACAUUAGCAUUUCAAAGUAUGGAUAUGGAUAAUGAUGGACUAUUGACAAAAGAAGAAUUUACACGAUGGCAUUUACAACAAGGUUCAUGUCGUAUGAAAACAGAAAAUAAUAUUGAAUGUGUACAAAAACAAAUAUCUAAUACAUCACCUAUUCGAGAAGAUACUCUAGAAAUUAAAACAUGUUAUGAUAAUACAUUAGAAUCAAAUAAUAUUUGUUCACCAUUGAUAAAAACAAAGAAAAUUAAAAAAUUAAAAGGAACAAUUAGUCGAGAAUUAAUACAAUUAGAUUCACCAAUAAUAUCUGAUAAUCAAACGUGUGAAAUACGUUCAAUGAAGAUUACUCAAAAUGAUCAAUUAGAACAAAAACGUGGAACAAAGGGAGAAAAAUUGAGACGAAAAAAAGCUCAACUAAUACAUAAUCUUGAUCAAAUUAAAAAUACGUUUUCAGAUAAAAUAACAACAACUAAUGAUCAUUGUAUUAAAAAAGACAUUGUUAAUGAUGAAUUACAAGUGUCCGAUUUACUUCAAAAAUAUAUUGAUAAGGAAAAAACGGAUGUAAAAAAACAUCGAAAAUCUAAAGGAGAAAAAGGAAAAAUGAAUCCUAUUAACGCUUGGCUCGAUGCAAAUAUUCAGUCAGAUGUCGAUGGAAAUUGUCAAGAGUCUCCUAUCAAUAAUGAUAAUUGUAACGAUAUUAAUAAUCAUUUUGAAAAUAAACCUGUCGAUAAUCCCCAACGAUUAUCAGUUAAAGAAAAUCGUAUUCGUGCAUUACUUCAACAUAGUACAAUACCACUCGGAGAUAUAGAUCAACAUUUAUUUCGUAUAUUUCGAAAAGCUAGAAAUCGUUUUUGUAUACUUAGUGGAGCAUCGGAUAAUACAUCAUCAAUAGAUGAAUUUAAAUCAACUGAUUCUGGAAUAUUAACAAUGUCUGUCUAUUCAACAAUAUCAAAAUCAUGUUCAUCUUUUCAAUCAUCAAUUGAUUCCAGUUUUCUUGAUGAAUUUGAUAAUAAUGAAAAUGAUUUACAUAGCACAAAUGAAAAUAUGAUAGAUCUAUUUGAUUCAUUAGAGACAAUUUUAUUACAAAUAUUAAUUGAACUUCGACAACAAAAUCAAACUAAAAUAUCUAAGUCUAUCAUUCAAGAAGAUCAAAGUCUAAAAUCCAACGAGCCAACCGAAAAUAAAUUUAACGAUGCAGUUAACAAUUGUAUUGACGAUAGAAUUCGUUUACAAAAAAUGAAAAGUUCAAAUAAUACCCUCAUAAAUUUGUCUAAUGAUAAUGAGAACGAUUUUGGUCAAAUCCCUAAGCAUCAAAUUUUGUGUAAACCUGAACAACUUAAAAGCUCGUCUAAAAAAAAAAAAAAUUUAAGAAAACAUAAAAAAAAAGUAUCAUUGCCAUCAUUGACGUCUUUAAACUUGUAUGAAGCCUAUGAUGAUGGUGACAUUAAAAUAUGUCGACUUUGA